AUGAACUCAGGAUGUUCUGAGGUGUGCUCGUCCCCUUUUCUCUUUGCCCUGAAAGUGCUCAUCAUGUCUUCACUAACCGCCAGUCUCGGACGCGCUUCCGGGCUUGGUCUGUUGGCCCUUUUGACCACAGCCUCUCUUGCUGCUGCCGGACCCUGCGAUAUCUACUCCUCGGGAGGAACGCCCUGCAUUGCCGCGCACAGCACCACUCGGGCCUUGUAUAGCGCUUACACUGGCGGGCUUUACCAGGUGAAGCGUGGCUCUGACAAUACCACAACCAUCAUCGCGCCCCUGUCAGCCGGUGGUGUUGCAAAUGCUGCUACCCAGGACUCUUUCUGCUCCGGGACAACCUGCCUAAUUACGAUUAUCUACGACCAGUCCGGCCGAGGUAAUCAUCUCACCCAGGCUCCUCCCGGAGGUUUCAGCGGUCCGGAUGCCAACGGCUACGACAACCUGGCUAGUGCAAUUGGCGCUCCAGUGACUCUAAACGGUCAAAAAGCCUAUGGUGUCUUCAUCUCACCCGGCACCGGCUACCGCAAUAAUGCUCCUAGCGGUACAGCUAAAGGUGACGCAGCAGAAGGCAUGUAUGCGGUCCUUGAUGGCACCCACUACAACGGCGGCUGCUGCUUUGACUACGGCAACGCCGAGACUAAUAGUCACGAUACGGGCAAUGGUCACAUGGAGGCCAUCUACUUUGGUACGAGUACCGGCUGGGGAACUGGAGCUGGAUCUGGGCCAUGGAUAAUGGCUGAUCUUGAAAACGGCUUGUUUUCUGGAUCCAGCUCUGGUUACAACGCCGGUGACCCAUCGAUCUCUUAUCGAUUUGUUACUGCGGUCAUCAAGGGAGAACCAAACCAGUGGGCGAUUAGGGGUGCUAACGCUGCGUCCGGCUCGCUGUCAACAUAUUACAGCGGAGCGCGCCCAUCUGCCUCUGGCUACAAUCCAAUGUCUAAGGAGGGCGCGAUCAUUCUGGGCAUCGGUGGUGACAACAGCGUCAGCGCUCAGGGCACGUUCUAUGAGGGCGUCAUGACCGCUAGCUAUCCAUCAGAUGCUACCGAGAACUCGGUACAAGCUAACAUUGUGGCCGCCAAAUACGCCACCACCUCGUUGAGCAGCAGUCUCACGGUUGGAUCAUCCAUCUCUUUGCGGGUCACUACGGCUGGCUAUGACACGCGUUAUAUUGCGCACACCGGCACCACCGUAAACACGCAGGUCGUCACUUCAUCAAGUGCUACCACGCUCAAACAGCAGGCUAGUUGGACCGUUCGCACCGGCCUUGGAAACAGUGCUUGCUAUUCUUUCGAGUCCAAGGAUACCCCUGGAAGCUACAUUCGACAUUAUAAUUUCGCACUACUCGUUAAUGCUAACGAUGGCACCAAGCAGUUCUACGAGGACGCGACUUUCUGUCUCCAAUCUGGCCUGAACGGUCAGGGCAAUACGAUUCGGUCCUGGAGCUACCCAACUCGCUUCUUCCGCCACUACGCCAAUGUCCUGUACAUUGCGAGCAAUGGCGGUCUCCACACAUUUGAUGCGGCUGCUUCAUUCAAUGACGAUGCAAGCUUUGUGAUCAGCACUGGCUUUGCUUGA